AUGGGAAAACAAAAAGACAUUUUGGAGAAACUGGCAGGGACCUUUCAGAUCCGAAAUGUGCUCCUCCGCCAGGCCCUGGCAGAAUGCCUGGGAACCCUAAUUCUGGUGAUGUUCGGUUGUGGUGCAGUAGCACAGCUGGUGCUGAGCAGAGGAUCCCAUGGCACAUUCCUCACUGUUAACUUUGCUUUUGGAUUUGCUGCAACAUUGGGCAUCCUUGUGAGUGGACAAGUCUCAGGUGGUCAUCUGAACCCAGUGAUGACCUUCACACUGUGUUUACUUGGGAGAGAACCUUGGAGGAAGUUCCCGUUGUUCUUUUUCUUCCAGACUCUUGGGGCCUUCCUGGGUGCAGCGAUCAUAUUUGGCAUGUAUUCCGAUGCGUUAUGGGACUUUGGCCAUGGGGAGCUGAUUGUGGUGGGGAAGAAUGCCACAGCUGGAAUUUUUGCCACAUAUCCAUCCAAACAUCUCACCCUGGUUAAUGGGAUCUUUGAUCAGAUUAUUGGAACAGCUGCUUUUAUCGUUUGCAUCCUGGCCAUUGUUGAUCCAAACAACAAUCCCAUCCCUCGAGGUCUGGAGGCCUUCACCGUAGGCUUUGUGGUGUUGGUAAUCGGCCUGUCAAUGGGCUUCAACUCUGGGUAUGCUGUCAACCCAGCCAGGGACCUGGGACCACGCAUCUUCACGGCUCUUGCAGGCUGGGGUGGAGAGGUCUUCACUGCAAACACCUACUGGUUCUUUGUGCCCAUCUGUGCCCCCUUCUUGGGUGCAGUGGUGGGUGUGCUGAUGUACCAGCUAAUGAUUGGACACCAUUUAGAAGGAGAAGUGCAAGAGAAGAAGAAGGAGGAGGAGGAGGAGGAGGAAGGGCUUUCCAAUAUUCCAACCAAUGACGAUGCAUGAGCUCAUCUCGAUUUUUUUUAAAAAUAAUUAUAUUGCAGCAGAUAACAUUCUUUCCUAACACCUCUAUCUUUAGAUGUUUAGGAAAACCCUUUUGGUUUUGACUAACACCACUUUCUGGAUAACAUUAAAGCCACCAGUCAAUGAUUAUGAAAACAUCUUAUGACAUCUCAUCAUAGGCAGGAACAGAUUCUAAGGAAAUUAUGGCACUUGUUUUUGAAUUCAUUUUUCUUAACUCCACUGAGUCCUUUCAUUUCUGCUUGAAGCACAAAACUAUUUCCUUCACACUACGUGUCUGACAAACAAAUAAAUAAGGUCAGAGAAAAAAGUUAAACAAAAGACAGUUCAAAUUGAAGACGUAUUUGAAAGUUGCCUUGUUUAUUUCAAUCUAAGGUGGAAGAAACUUCCAAAUCACCAUUAAAUCAAAAAGGAUUCACACUCAACUUUUUGUACUCCAAUUUCCUACAUGUGUAAGACCUGUGUAUGCCAGUUUAGCAGGAUUCCUGAGUUGGAGGCACAUUUUCUUUUUACAAACACCCAUAAACAGAUAUGUUGUAAACCAAAAAAAAAAAGCAUUGUUAAAAAUUAUGUCAA